ACUAUCAUGCUACUGAGAUGGAUAAAUUUAGUUACAACUUUUGAUUGACAAUAAGUCUAAAAAAGAGGCAAAGCAAUUACUUUCUCUUUUUUUUUUUUCUUCUUUUUUGGUUUUGUUUGUCUUUCUUUUAAAUAUGUCUGUGUCAGUGGGAUGAUGCUGAGACUGAUGGGAGUGAUUGGUUUGGUGGUAGCGCAUUCGUGAGUUUCUUUGUCCUUAUCUGUUCACAGGUGUAACAAUACCUCGCCCGGUCACUCUCUUCACUGUUCCUGCAUAUAGUGUCGUCGUGUCUGUCAUUUUAUAUUAUAUUAUUAUUAUUAUUAUUAUUUGCUCUUUCGACCUCCCUCCUCUCUCUCUCUCUCUCUCUCUCUCUCUCUCUUUGUUCACUAUGUAUGUAUAUGUACUUGGAUGUGAUGGGAAAUGCAGUUGCUGGGAGUAGCAUUAGUAGUAGGUUCCUCCUCAUUUUCGCAAUCAGCAACGACAAUAUUAUAUCUUGCGUUGCGUCGCGUCGAUCCCAAAUCCAAAUUUUGAUCUUGACCUAAGUUCACGGCUCGUGGGAAGUAGUAGAAAGCUCUUCUUACACAUGUUCGUCAAAUUGUUAUUUAUGGGUUGUGCUUCUUUUUGAGUGUCUCUACUCCAUGACACCUGCAUUCGAUGUGUGACUCAACGGCGGUUUUGUGCCCUUCUUACAGCCAGGGCGAAGACUCCACUUACAAAUCUGAUGGCUCUGAUGCGGCUUCUUCUAAUUCAGUAACCCAGCUAAUUAAUGCAGAACAAACUGGAAUCGAUUGCUCCUUGCAGGAGAAUAAUUGUUGUGGAGAUGCUGUAAAUCUUGAAUUGUCCUCAAAAUCCAGUAGUGCUUAUAUGUAUAGAUUACAACUUGAGAAGGACAUACAAAGAUUACAGCAGCAGCUGCAAGAAGAAUUGCAAUUUCAUGCCACUCUUGAAAAAGCUAUUGAAGAAAAUGCUGUUGAACUAUCAAGUGCAUCAUCCCUUUCUCAUCAUGCUCAGGAGCUCUUGUCAAAUAUAGCAAUAUUGGAAUCUGCAGUUUCGAGACUUGAACAAGAGUUUAUCUCGUUGAACUUCCAAGUCAGUCAGGAAAGAAAUGAAAGAAGACUAGCAGAGUAUCGUUUCAGACAUUCUUCCCAGUCAUUAUCUGCUUGCUCUGAUAUUCUAGAAGCACCGAGAGCUAUAAAAAUGGAUAGCAAUUGUUGUCAGCCUCUAGAUUUUGAGAAGCUUACUGUGGUGGUGAAACCUAAGGGCCUCUGGGAUAAUCCUAAUCAUCUAUCAGAAGAAAUGGUUCGAUGCAUGAAAAAUAUUUUCAUCUCUCUAGCAGAUUCUGGCAGAUCAUUGACGUCAUCACCAUCAGAGAUUCAAUCCCCAUCUUUAUCACCACGAGGACAUCUUUCCAUUUCAUCUAUGUGGUCAUUAUCUGAACGCUCAAUGAUGUCAUCAUGGGUACAGAGCUCCCAACUUGAUUUGAAGUAUAACCCAGAGGUGUUGGCCACAGAGAACACCAGUGAUCCAUACAGGGUGCGUGGUAAAUUAAGUUGGGCAGAUAUUGGAAGCUAUGGGUUAGCCACAGAAGUAUCUUGGAUGUCAGUUGGGAAGAAGCAGAUGGAGUAUGCUGCUGGUGCAUUACGUAAUUUCAGGAUGCUUGUUGAGCAAUUGGCAAAAGUGAAUCCCGUCCACUUGAGCUGCAAUGAGAAGUUGGCUUUCUGGAUCAACAUAUAUAAUGCACUUAUAAUGCAUGCUUACUUGGCAUAUGGAGUUCCAAGGAGUGAUUUGAAGCUCUUUUCUUUGAUGCAAAAGGCUGCAUAUACUAUCGGGGGCCACUCCUUCAGUGCAGCUGCUAUUGAACAUGUAGUUUUGAAGAUGAAACCACCAGCCCACAGGCCACAAAUUGCUUUGCUUCUUGCCCUUCACAAGCUUAAGGUAUCGGAGGAGCAGCGGAAGUCUGCCAUUGACUCGGCUGAACCACUUGUGGCUUUUGCUCUCAGCAACGGAAUGCACUCAUCCCCCGCGGUAAGGAUUUACACGGCGAAUACGGUGAGGGAACAGCUGCAAGAAGCUCAGCGCGAUUACAUUCGAGCAUCAGUUGGUUUGAGCAGCACAGGAAGGCUAUUGGUACCUAAAAUGCUGCACUGCUUUGCCAAAGGAAUGAUAGAUAGUGACGCAAACUUGGGUGUAUGGAUAUCGCAAUACCUUCCACCGCAUCAGGCUGCCUUUGUGGAACACUGCAUGUCGAAGAGGCGGCAUAGCCAUAGCCUCCUAAUUAGUUCUCGCAAUUGUGGCAUUCUUCCCUUUGAUACUCGUUUCCGUUAUCUGUUUCUACCAGAACAGAUGAUUUGACUGUUGUGAGAGGUUGGGGCCGCCAGUCCACCGUGUCCUUAAGUUGUAUCUUAUUGAAGACAUCCCACCUGCAGCAAGCUGCUUGUAGUGGAACGCUGGCGGCAUCUAGUCCUUUUGGUCAAAUCACCAUACAUACAUAUAUAUAUAUAUAUAUAUAUGUUCGGCUCAACACAACAAUUAAUGACUAGCUAGCUAUAGCUGGGUCAGGUGGCAGCAGGCAGCUUAAUUUGGCUUUCUUUUGUUUUAUAUACAUGUGUGCGUGCGUGCAAAUCAGAAUGGUCUCAUAUAUUCGUGCUCCACCGUGAAAUACAUUACAUUCGUUGAAAAAGGAAUUGCAAGAUUAGAUGGGAUUGCCAGUAAUGAAUAAAAAAAUAUGCUAGCUGAUGAUUAAAGCCCAUCCGCUUUCUUAUAUAGUUUUGCUUUUAGCUGGCUUGGCUGCCUUUA